UUGUGUCAAAUCGAUCAGUUUUAUUUGAUCCGUCAGUUUGUAUUUCAUAUUUAUUUUUCAUUUAGUUUUUAAUUUAUUUAACACUAUGAGUCAUUGUUGUUCUCAAUGUGAUUUCACGGCGAAGUUCGAAAGCGCGUUGAUGAUGCACAGACAACUGCAUCACAAUUGUGCGGCCGAAGAAUAUCCAACAUUAGACAAAUUGAAAAAUAAAACAAGCUCAUUGCCUUUAAUGAAGAAAAAGGAAAGAUCUUUUUCGCCUUGCAGCGAAAGGAAACCAUUAAAAGGUCCAAGUCGCACAUCGUCUGCGACACGAUUAUUUGACAAGCUGCGCACUCGCAUCUGCCGCAGUAAGACGCUCUUCGUUCAUCAAGAAGAAGGCGCUGAGAGCGUUGUCACAGACCCAUCUCCACGGAAUCAUCGGUCUACUAUAUUGAAGGAUCAUGCUCUAUCAGAAUGUACUACAAGAACUAUAUUGAAUGAUGGACGACCGGAAAAAUAUUCCUGUCAUUUGUGCUCAUUUGACGCUGAUCGCAUAACAGUUCUAGAUAGACAUCUCCUCAAUCAUCAUAAAAUCGGUUUAGAAAAUCUAUUAAAACUUGUCAUGGCUAAAACAAAAGACGGUCUUUGUGAUGAUGCUUCUAACAUAGACGAAUACGGCGCUAGACAGUGUUAUUAUAAACAAGCAGACGAUAUAAUAGAAGAGGGAGAAUUUAUCAUAGAAACGGUAACACCGAAAAUUAAAAUACUAAAGCAUGCUGCUGUCAACACUGAUUUGAAAUGGACCGAUAUACCAGAGCUAAAGAAUAAUUAUAGAAUGAUCAAGAAGGAAUUAGAAAGACUGAUAGACAGUCCAAUAGAAGACAAUCAGAAGGACAAGCUGUUACUCAAAAUGCAGAGUCUUAACGAAUGCAUGUGCAAAUUUGUAGAUUCAUCAAACACGCUUAAGAAAGUUUUGACAAAGAAUAUCCUUAAAAAUGAACACACAAGUGGGCCCGUGUUUAGUUUGGGAUUAGGAGAUCAAGAAACUCCUCGUGAAUGGGAACGUCCUCAUAGCGAGAAAUUAGAACGAAAUAAAUGCAAACACGACAUGAGAGGCGAGAAGAAAUGCUCCACGGAGAGUUUUUAUUUUUGAUUUUUUGAAUUCAUAUUUUACUUUUCUAUCGAUCAAUAAAAAAUAUUUUGAUAAAA